AUGUCACCAUCUACAAAAAAAAUUAAAAAUAAUACAAAUAAAUAUCUUCAAAGAGUCCAUUCUCUUAGAAAGAGAAACCAAAAGAAAUUACCAGUUACUGUUUUAUCUGGAUUUCUUGGUAGUGGAAAGACAACUCUUUUAAAUCAUAUUUUAAAUAAUCAAGAAGGCUUGAAGGUAGCUGUGAUUGUUAAUGAUAUGAGUGAUGUGAAUAUUGAUGCAAGAUUGGUAAAUUCUGAUUUCUCUAUAUCCAGAACCACUCCAAAAGAAAAGACUGUUGAAAAGAUGGUAGAGAUGCAAAAUGGUUGUAUAUGUUGUACUCUUAGAGAGGAUCUUCUCAUUGAAAUCCUAAAGUUGGCCAAAACUGGUAAAUUUGAUUAUUUGCUCAUAGAAUCAUCUGGAAUUUCCGAACCAUUGCCAGUUGCCGAGACAUUUACGUUUGAUGAUGAUAAAAACCAAGAGACCAUUCACGAGUUGACCAAGCUUGACACCAUGGUUACUGUAGUUGAUUGCUCUACCUGGCUUUCUGAAUACAAUAGUAGUGAAACUCUACAAGAUAAGAAGAUGGCGGCAUCUGAAGAAGAUGAAAGAACUAUUGUUGAUCUAUUAAUUGACCAAGUAGAGUUUGCCAAUAUUAUUAUUUUAAAUAAAAUGGAUUUGGUAGAGCCAAAAGAUGUUGAUUUAAUCGAAGGAUUGAUCAAACACAUCAAUCCUGAUGCCAAAGUUAUGCGGUCAGAGUAUUCUAAAGUGCCAUUGAAAGAGAUUCUCAACACUGGUUUGUUUGACUUUAAGAGAGCAUCGGAGCAUCCAGGUUGGCUACAAGAAAUGAGAGGCACCCACACACCAGAGACUCUUGAAUAUGGUAUCAGUAACUUUGUCUUUCGUGCCAGAAGACCAUUCCACCCGAUGCGUUUGGAGAAUGUUAUUAUGAAUGGUGGAAAGAUAUUCAAUGGUGUAUUACGAUCGAAAGGAUUUAUGUGGGUUGCCACCACUCCUCAACUCAUUGGACUCUGGUGUAUCGCCGGUACCGGUCUGACUCUAACACAAGCAGGCUACUGGUUGGCCGACUUGGAGAAGCACGAGUACCCAGAAAAAGACAUGGUCGAGUCGAUCAUGAAGUCAUGGGUGGAACCACAUGGUGAUCGUAGACAAGAGGUCGUCUUCAUUGGAACGGCACUCAUGGACAGAGCAUCGAUCGAGAAGGAACUAAAUGAAUGCCUUCUCACCGACAAAGAAAUGAAUAUGGGUGUCGAAGUUUGGAAGACAUGGGAGGAUCCAAUCAUGUUGGAUGAACAAGAGGAAGUUGAAAUUGAAGAUCAUGAUCAUGAUCAUGAAGACGAUGAUGAUGAGGAAGAUGAAGAUGAUGAUGAUGAUGAUGAUGAGGAUGAUGAUGAGGAUGAUGAUGAUAAUGAUGAAGAAGAAAUAGAUAUUUCAAAUGAUUUUUCAAAGACUAACAACAACAACAACAACAACAUUAAAUCAUCGUCAGUCAAAACAACAAAUAUGAAUAUGAUUCAGAAGAAACUAAAAGAUUUGAAUCAAAACAAAAGAAAGCAGUCAAAUAAUUUACUAAGAGAAAUAAUUAAAUAUUUGUUUAAGAAAAAGAAAGAUAUAUUUAUGAUUUGUAGAAAGUAUUAUGUUACAUUACGGUUAUUGUCAUUGACAACAAAUCAAAUCAAGAAAUUUAAACAAGUGAAACAUUCAACUAUUUUAUUUGAACACCACUAUAUUUAUUCAGAUUCCAAAUAUGCAACAAUUCUAGCGAUUUUACAGUGGAGCAAAGAGCAAGAGGAACAAGAAAAAGAUGAAAAAUACAAACAUAUUCAAACAAAAAAAGCAGAUUUCAAUAAUUAUCUCUACAACAACUACAACAACAACAAUAACAUUGAAAUGCAAAAUCAAAGCAACCAAAAACAAGAUUGGUUUACUCUUUAA